GGAAAACCGGGAGGGAUAGUUUAGGUGAGGUUGGUUUUGGACCGGAAAACCGGAAGAGAUACUUUAGGUUAUCUGGACACAUACUUCAUGAAUAUCCAAACUACUGUUAGAAAAGGGAAGAUUUCAUCUAUUUUAAUCGAAUAAUCCACGUCCAACUUGGAAACGACAAUACCGGCAGUGGAGACGGCCCAAGCCAACCAAAAUUUAAUUUCUUUAAAUUAGGCAGAGUCUUCACAGCCAUUCAAAUCCUCCGCCUCUUUCACGCAAUUCGUGAGCUCAGAUUCUCUCCCUAUUUUCUCUCUCUCAGAUCUGUGUGUGUGUGUGUUUUUUUUUUUUUCUCUUUGGCUUGUCUACCACUUGCCCCCAACACUUCAUGCAUACCCUUUUUGUACAUACGUUUGUGGGUAUAUAGGCAUUCUUUCGUUUCUGCUUCUUCUGAUUGGAUACCCACUUGCAGGAUCGAAAAGCCAAAAAUCAUGGAAGAAGAACUAAUGGACAGUCCUAAAGGAGAUAUUAAAGUAAGUUUUGGCUAUCAAUGUAAUGGCAACAAUGGUAUCACUUGUGAGGUUUCCAAUGGAUAUGAAAUCAUGCCUAGGAUUAAUGUCCGAAGAACCAGCAGUUUCUCUUGCUUAUCUGGGGCUGCCUUAAGCGCCAAUGCCACAUUGGCAAACACAAAUAUCUGCAAUGGUUUAAUUGGGGCAGAAAAACUUCCUAGUUGGGAUUCCCCCAAUUCAUUUCGCAGGGUUCCCUCUUCACCAUCCCUUUCAAAGUUGGAUAUCUUAUCAUCUUCUCUACAAAGUAGUCUGUCAAAUUUAAGUUGCAGUCCAUCCACACAAAGUGAGGCUCUUGAAAAUGAUUCCUAUUCAUUGAAAUCCAUGAGUGCUCCUUCCAGAAGUGAUGGUUUCCUAAAUGCUAUGGAAGUUCAAGUGGCAGGUGGAGCUGCUGGUGAAGACAGAGUUCAAGCUGUUUGUUCUGAAGAAAAUGGGUGGCUUUUUUGUGCAAUCUAUGAUGGAUUCAAUGGAAGAGAUGCAGCUGAUUUUCUGGCUGGAACAUUGUAUGAAACUAUUGUAUGCUACUUUAAUUUAUUGGACUGGGAAUCAGAACAGGAGUUUGUUAGAACUUCCAAUGGUUUAGGUUUGGAUGGUUCCCUCCAAAAUAUUCUAGAUGAUGGUAAUUUAAGCCAUGUGGAAAAAAUUGUUUCAAAAUUUGACAGCAGCAAGGAUAUAGGUGUUGACAAUUUCACCAGGAAAGGACCAUGUGCCAAAAUGGAAGUGAUAUCUGAUUCGUUUAGGCAUAGAGUGCUUGAUAGCCUCCAACGUUCUCUCAGUCAGGCAGAACAUGAUUUCUUAUACAUGGUUGAGCAGGAAAUGGAAGAUCGCCCUGAUUUAGUGUCUGUUGGGUCUUGUGUUUUGGUUGUGCUUCUCAUAGGAAACGAUUUGUACACAGUGAAUUUAGGAGACAGUAGAGCUGUAUUGGCAACAUAUACUAAAGAUUACAUGAAUGAGGAUGAGAGAUUGAAAGCCAUCCAGCUCACAGACAGUCAUACUGUUGAUAAUGAAGUUGAAAGAAAUCAGCUUCUAUGUGAUCAUCCUGAUGAUCCCUCAGUAAUUGUUGGUGGGAGAGUAAAAGGAAAAUUGAAGGUUACUCGUGCAUUGGGAGUUGGUUACCUGAAACAGAAAAAACUGAAUGAUGCUUUGAUGGGUAUUCUUCGAGUUCGGAACCUCUUAAGUCCUCCAUAUAUCUCUACACAGCCAUCAUUGAAUGUCCACAAUAUCUCAAAGUCCGAUCAUUUUGUUAUAGUUGGGAGUGAUGGUUUGUUUGACUUCUUCAGCAAUGAUGAGGCGGUAGAGCUUGUCCAUUCUUAUAUUUUGACCAAUCCUUCUGGUGAUCCAGCAAAGUUUCUAUUGGAACAGCUAGUACUGAGAGCAGCAAAUUGUGCAGGUUUCAGUAUGGAAGAAUUAAUGAGUAUCCCAGCUGGUAGGAGAAGGAAAUACCAUGAUGAUGUGACUGUAAUUGUGAUCAUCCUUGGAACAAAUCACCGCACUUCAAAGGCAUCAACUUGCCUAUAAUUUAUUUUCUGUAUCUGUUUUCUGCCUUCUAAUAGUUUGUAAGACAGUCUUCAAUUUGGAAGUGUAGCUUGUGUUGUAUAUAAUGACUCAAACCCAGUCCACAAAUAUAUUGCCAAUUCUUUA